CAAAGGCUGAAUUUAGUUUAUUUGAGCCUUUAUUGCCAGACGUGGAGACAAUGGGCUUGAAUAAAAUCUACUAUCGGGGUUCACACCUUGUUAACACCGCCAUUAGUCUCCCUAUACAUUCGCUGAUUGGUGAUUUACAUUUGCGACCAAAUAGCAUCUUUACUGCUGUUUACCAAGGCUUUUGGGGGCACUGAGGAGUGAACGGGGGCAUUUGAUAUAAAAACUCGAGCUUCCAGGAUCCUGCAGUCACUCCAACUCCAAGUUGCUGGCUCGUUGUGUGGUUUGAGGAGCACCGAUGCACCAGGAAUCUACUCAGUCUUCAGAGAUGUUGAUGUUUGUGUUCAGCUUUGCCGCUUUGGUGUGCACAGUCGCUGCACGGCCUUCACUUAACUACCUGGAGAAUCAUUUCGACGUGGAGAAUGAGUCAGAGGAAGUCCGCUCGGCUGCCAUCAAGAGACUUCUGGAGGUUUUUGGGAUGGAGGAUCCCCCUGCCAUCCACGGACACAAGCAGCCUCCUCAGUACAUGCUCGAUCUGUACAACACGGUUGCUGAUGUGGACGGUGUGACCAAGGACCCGUAUCUGCUGGAGGGGAAUACUGUGCGCAGUUUCUUUGACAAAUUGCGAAGUGAACAGGUGGAGUUCAGGUUUAAUUUGUCAACGGUUGCAAGAACUGAGAAGAUUCUGACUGCAGAGCUCCAUCUUUUCAAGCUGCGACCUCAGGCAACACUGACAUUCAACAGACAUCACUUCUGCCAAGUUAGUGUUUAUCAGGUGCUUGACACCACCAAAACCAACAACACACAGGAGAAGAAGUUGCUGUCUUCUCGACUUAUCCCAGUCCACUCUACUGGCUGGGAGGUGUUCACCAUCACACAAGCAGUUCGUUCCUGGAUGGUGGAUGAAGGCAGCAACCUGGGACUCCACGUGGUGGUUCGGACCCUGGGAGGAAGCCAGAUGGAUAUGAAACUGAUCCGCUUUGCUUCAGGACGGAACCACCACCAGAGCAAGCAGCCCAUGUUGGUUCUUUUCACCGAUGAUGGCCGCCGCUCCACUACUCUCGAGAGCACAGACCCAAACGAUACCACAGCCACUUCCAGCCUGCCCCAUGCCCCCAUGUCGGGCCCGCCCUCCCGCAGCGCUCGCUCCCUGGACUACAGUGAGGAGGAAGGCAUGUCCAUGUCCUGCCAGCGCCUGCCUCUCUACGUUGACUUCGAGGAGAUUGGCUGGUCCGGCUGGAUUGUGUCCCCCAGGGGCUACAACGCUUACCACUGCAAAGGCUCCUGCCCCUUCCCUCUGGGUCAGAACAUGAGGCCAACCAACCACGCCACUGUCCAGUCCAUCAUCAACGCCCUGAAGCUGAUCAAAGGCAUUGAGACACCGUGCUGCGUGCCAGACAAGCUCUUCUCCAUCAACUUGCUCUACUUUGAUGAUGAUGAGAAUGUGGUGCUAAAGCAGUAUAAUGACAUGGUGGCUGGAAGCUGCGGCUGCCACUGACAUCAAGUAGUCAUUGGUGGGCUGCACAGAUACUCAUGUAAACUACAAUGUAAGUUGGGUUUGUAGACACAGACAACUGCCCUUUAUAACUCAACUGCACCUAAUGAGUAAUGUGCUGAGUCCCACAUGUGAUAUUGUAAUAUAUGUAAAUAUCCAUAAAUUAUAAUAUAUGGCAGUGAUGGAAGUGAUAACCUGUGAAAGAUGUAAAUGUGUAUAUUUUAUGUUUUCUGUUGUGAAUGAUUAUACAGUCAGAAUAAACAGUGUAACGAAAAAGAUUAUGGUGUGAAGUUAUUUGCAAAGUAGUUUUCACUCAUAUUAUCAUCAGAAGCUAACAGAAGAUAUUUUUGAUAUCUAAGUGUUGUGUGUUGCAAACC